AUGCCGUUACUCAGUAGGGUACCCUCUUUCAUUCUAAUAUAUACGUGCCGACUCGUCCGGAAAGGGUUAAUCAAUUUUAAAGUGUAUAAAAGCGGCAGUAAUUUCUUGUUGUCUCUCUUUUUACUUAUUUUCGUGCUUAUUUUAGGUCGAAUCUCCCCAAAUGCUGAUAAUCUCUUGCUAAUUCCCCUAUCAGCACGAAUAAACAAACAAAAGAUGUAUGUCUUCGGUGUCGUUUAGUACAGGCGUGGUGUUGUUUUUGUGUCAUUCUGCUGCUGGGAAAUCUAAAUUUACUUUGUUUACGCUUCUCUUAAUUAGCAAUUUCUAAUUUUGGCCACGUGUUUGGCCUUUGGGAGAUAUUAUUUUUUGUGGGUCAACGUCAAAUUGCGCAAAAAAUGGUGAUUUUACACAAAAUCAUUACGAAAAAGGCCUGUUUGAUGUCCUUAUCGAGAUUUUGAACUCUUUUACACCGCCACAGAUUUCGCCCCAUGUGUUUUUUACGGUCAACAAAACAAAAAACACCUGACUCGCAACAAAAUAUGUUGUAUGUUUGGGCCAAAGAUGACCCUCUUCUUCCUCAAAAUAUGCUCUUUUUUCGAAUUGGCCUUUUCCUUUUUUCAAUGUCGUGUUGUGGUUGUAAAUAUGCUAUAUUUGGACUGUAAUGUCAUCGUCUUUGAUUACAAUAUGAGAUUGAUUUAGGGGUAAAAAUAAAAUGGAAGAAACCGAGGAGUUUGUGAACAAGGAUGUUGGCCAAGAGCUGAAACAGCUAAAAUUGGACGAUCUGUUCAGACUUGGCAAGUAUGCGGCGUUGGUUUCGAUCACUGCUGAGUUCUUGAUCCUUUUGCAGCUGGGAAAUAUGUUCUACAUGAUGUAUGCAGGUAAGAAAUUUGAGCUGGAAACAUCUUGUUUUUAUGCAAAUUAUUGUUGGAUAUCUUGGCUUUCCUUGCAAAGGGAGAGCUAGGAUUUUCAUCAAUGUAUUUCUAGCCUAUUUAAAGUUUGCAUGCAAAUUUUGAAGUGUCUUGUAAAACUUUGUCGGGUACAGUCACCCUAUUAAUCCAAUAACAAGUAUAAUAUAAAAAUAUAAAAUUUAUAAUCAUCGUUUUUCCAGGAGUCGAGCCAGGUCUUGUCAGUUGUGGUCCAGUAAAUCUCCAGAACUUCACUCAUCGAAAAGACCGUUGCGAAGCCUUUGCUCAGGCCAAAGAUCGUUAUAAGUGUACUCCCGAGCUGAACAUCCAAUUCAACAGUGUGAGUUCGGAUUGGAAUUACAUUUGUGCGGACGUGAGGCAAGUGAAACGAAGUAUUUCCUGGCAAAUGUUGGCCAUUAUUCCUGGUGCUGUGAUCGGCGGUCAACUCUCGGAUCUUUAUGGACGAAGAAGAGUAGGUUUUUAUUGUAGUAGGUCAUCUAAUUUUUAAAUAUGGGAUGCCAAGUGUAAUGUAAUUCGCUAUUUUUUUAUAUAUCUUUAUCGGGUUUUACAUUUGAACCCCCCCCCCCCAUUUUUCUCAAAAUCGAUUUUUUUUGAUAUUACACUUAACCUAGUAUAAUAUUGAUCUUGAUAAUCUUUCCCUUUCCAGAUUAUGCUGGUUGGAAUCCUCUGUGUGAUGGUUUGCCAAGUGCUGGUUUACUUCUCCCCAGACCUUCUCUGGUUCACAAUUAUCCGAUCAAUUACGCAACUCUUUAACGGCGGUAUCAUAGCCAUUCAAAUGGUGUUUACUGUCGAGAAUCUCCCGAAAAAUCAUCGUUUCUGGUUGACGAACUUGAUUACUUGGUCCCCCAACAUGAUUGUCUACGCUCUGAUGGCAUGGGCCACUCAGAAUUGGCAACAUUUGACCUUGCUCAUGGCCGCACUGUGCAUCCCGGCCUGGAUCUUUUUGUUGUAAGUCACGGGGUAAUAAAAUGUAUUAAAAUUUAAUGUUUAGCUUCCUCUCGGAAUCUCCUCGAUUUCUGAUUCAGAAACAUCGAUUCGACGACGCCAAAAGGGAGUUGCAAAGGAUCGCCCGGAUCGAUGGAGUUGUUGUGGCUGAGGAGAUGAUGGAGAGAGUGGUGGAGAGCGAGAGGGCGUUGCAGACACAAAAGAAGAAGUCUAAAUACUCGUUCAUUCAUCUGUUCUACACCUGCAGACUGGCUCGAUACACAGUGGCCUUGGCUUUCUCUUUGUAAGUUUUGAAGCAAGGACUAGGCGUCUGAAGUUAUAUCAGGGUAAAACAUGUUACGGCACAUGUUGUGUAAAAUGAUCUAUUAAAAUUAAGCUUUUUCUCAGCUAAUGUGGCUAAAAUCAGCAUUAAAAUUUGAGGGCUUUCAUCAAAUUGAUAUUAUUCAUGAUGAUUUGACUAAUUUUUUUGCCAAAAUUCAAACUUUGAUGGGACCUUUUUACUAACAUAAUAAAAGUUUUGGCAUACUAUUUUCUUCAUGUCCUAAAAUAUCCGACAAGACAGGAAUUUUUACUUUAAAACCCAAAGGUAGUAACUUAGACCUCCCUUUUCCAGAUUGACCACCAGUAUGUUGAACUACUCGCUGAUCUUCAAUAUGGAAAAGCUUUCGGGCUCAAUCUACCUUAACACCAUCUUCAUGGGUCUCUUCCGUUACGGAGUUAACUUUGCUGCUAUUGCCGCUGACAAGAACUUCAAAUGGCUUGGCCGAAAAGCGGUCCACGGAUUCGCGGAGGGCGUCUCGAUCCUGGCAUUGGUGCUGCUGAUUACCCUUUAUGUUCUUGAUAUUCAAACUCAAUACAGAUCCCUGAUUACAGUCACAAUUAUUCUGGUCUUGGGAAUGACGACUUUGUUGUAUGUGAGCAAUGGUUUGCUUUCCUCGGAGCUGUUCCCAACGGGAAUCAGAAACUUGUCCUUCUCGUUUGGCCAGGUGUUCAGUAGGAUUGGUGUUGUUAUUGCGCCACAACUCUUCUUCUUGGUGAGUCCAUUUAGAUUAUUUUACGGCUAUCUUGUGAAAAUUGAUUUUUUAGACAUAUAUGGCUCGGGACUUCUAAAUCUCUCCGCAAGAGUCCAUCCGAACCCUGGAAAUUUAGUCCAAAGUUAAAAGUUGACAAAAAAGGAGGAGACGACUGAGAAAGGCAGAAAUUCUUACAAAGAGAGAAAUUGCGCAAUGUUAUGUCAGAUUGCGCAACUUUUAACUUUGUACUAAAUUUGCAGGGUUCGGAUGGACUCUUGCGGAGAGAUUUAGAAGUCCCGAGCCAUAUAUAAUACAGUGCGCGCCAAAAUGAUAGAGCCACUCAGUUUUUCUGGAUUUAUUCUUUUAUGGUUAGGUGGGCCUAGCCGGCAUGAUGCAUAUAUGCAAUAACAUCAUAGAGAUUCACUACGGCCACCAUAACUUAGGACUAGCCGGGCGCCCAAUCCAAAAAAAAAAUCAAAAAUUCGGACCUUUCCCCUCGGUCGACGCGUCAAAAUGAUAGAGCCACCGGAUUUUUCUCCUCGGUGGGGGCAGGCGGGGAUCUAUUGGUACUGUAGUCUGUUAAUAUUACUACUGCUAUACACUGCUGAUGUGAAAAGGUUACUGUAACUACCGGUCAUACGGUAGCUUUUGGCAAAUUUAGAAAAUCUUCCAAAUUUAGGGUAAAAUUGACCGGAAAUAAAUUUUUCGACGGUUGUAUCCUGGUGGAAAUACCUUCAAAACAUAUUAGAAGGCCUAUAUUUUCUAACAGUAAUCAAUUUCCGUCGAACUCACAUCGACCACAAACAAAGAAUGAUAUUAUGUUACUUUAGUAGAUGGACAAAUUCUAUAAUAUUGCUUAUGUAUGAGUCUGAGAAGCGGCCCCAGAACUUGUGGUACAAUUGCAAGAGGACCAUAGAUUACAAUAACAGGACCGAAUACAAUAAUUCCUUUAUUCAAAUUGCUAGCGGUAUUAUGAAGUUUACCAAAGUUAUACCCGAAAAAACGAUAUUUUGGUGGCAUGACUAGCGUCAGAAUAUGAUGGCUUCGGGUUUUGAAACGACGAGUGCGGAUCCUUUUGUGCGUAACGUAGCAUGAUUAACUCAACAAUAACGUAAUGAUAAACAACUACAGAGAAACUUUGGUGUAGUCAUCUAGAGAACCAGAAUUGCUUCUCUUGUGGCAUUAUUCCUAGGGUGUACGAGACUUUACAGCCUUUCCAGGUUAAAUGAAAAUAUUCUAUAUCGUGUGUUGCAGUCUAGCAGGAAGUUUGGUUUUACCUCCAUGCUCCCUCAUUGGCAUAAUCGACAUUAUUAUAGAGUCUGUCCAUCUACUAAAGUAACAUAAUAUCAUUCUUUGUUUAUGGUGGAUGUGAGUUCGACGGAAAUUGAUUACUGUUAGAAAAUAUAGGCCUUCUAAUAUGUUUUGAAGGUAUUUCCACCAGGAUACAACCGUCGAAAAAUUUAUUUCCGGUCAAUUUUACCCUAAAUUUGGAAGAUUUUCUAAAUUUGCCAAAAGCUACCGCAUGACCGGUAGUUACAGUAACCUUUUCACAUCAGCAGUGUAUAGCAGUAGUAAUAUUAACAGACUACAGUACCAAUAGAUCCCCGCCUGCCCCCACCGAGGAGAAAAAUCCGGUGGCUCUAUCAUUUUGACGCGUCGACCGAGGGGAAAGGUCCGAAUUUUUGAUUUUUUUUUGGAUUGGGCGCCCGGCUAGUCCUAAGUUAUGGUGGCCGUAGUGAAUCUCUAUGAUGUUAUUGCAUAUAUGCAUCAUGCCGGCUAGGCCCACCUAACCAUAAAAGAAUAAAUCCAGAAAAACUGAGUGGCUCUAUCAUUUUGGCGCGCACUGUAUUUGCUGUUUAUUUCAGGCCGACUUCUGGAGUCCCCUUCCUUACAUCACUUUGGUGGUGAUUGCUUCUUUAGAUUUCAUUUUGUUCUACUUCAACACCGAAGAGACCAAAGGAAAGCCAAUGCCGGAUUCGAUGCCUCCAAGGGAGCAGAGUUGGCUCGGUCGCAAGAAGCUCGACCAGGAACUUUUGGAUGUCGAGAAGAAGACGGAGAACAACUAA